CUCAAAACAGGUAAACCAACACAAAGUCCAUUGGCAUGACAGUCUCAAUAAAGAACACAUAAAGGCAACAACUACUCAACUAUCUACGUACAAAAAGAAAAUGUGGCCGCUUUUUGAUUUAGAAGAAGAAUAUGCCAAACAUCCGCACAUUGAUCGCCACGAAGUUCAAAAACUUCAUCAAUGGCUGAGAGCUCAACCCCAUAUGCCCGAGUUGUUGGAACGUGAGGUCCUAAUCUUCUACCAUGCCUGUCAAUACCAAAUGGAGUAUACAAAAGAGGUUAUCGAUAAGUACUAUACAUUUCGUACCCAAACCAACGAGUUUUUUGGUGACUUGGACAUUGAAUCGCCACAAUUGGUUUUGGCCCAAAAAGCAGUAGCGGUAUGUCCCUUGAGUAAUAACACCCCCGAGGGAUAUUGUGUCAUAGUGGGUAAACUAUUGGAAUUUGAUCCACCCAAGUUCGAACUAGCUGCUGCUCUUAAAUUAGUUUUUGCCCAACAAGAAAUUUUAACACAAGGCACCCAACUUUAUCCGGGCUUUGUGAUAAUCAUUGACAUGAUUGGAGUAACAUUUGGUCAUAUUGCUCGCUUAAAUCCAAUGCAGCUAAAGAAGAUCAUCUAUUUCUUGCAGGUGAGAUAA